UUCUUGCUUAAAACUCUUUUCAGAAGAAGCUAAACCAAAAAUCUCUCCUCCCCAAUUCCCUUUCUAGACAACAUGAAUGAUUUAUUUUCCAAUUCCUUUAAGCAAUAUCAAGACUUAAAGAGACAAGCAUAUGUUGAUGACAUGGAGGCCGGUGGUGGUGUUGGAAAAGAAACAAUUGAUCUCGACAAGUUCUUCCACGAUGUAGAGAACGUGAACGAUGAUAUGAUGGUUGUCAACAAGCUCUACAAGAAGCUACAAGAGUCACAUGAGGAAAGCAAGAUGGUCCAAAAUGCUAAUAAGAUGAAGUUGCUUAGAUCUAAGAUGGAUUCGGAUUUUACACACUUGUUGAAGACAAUGAAGGUCAUCAAGGGCAAGCUAGAGGCCCUUGAAAAGUCUAACGUUGAACAUCGCAAGAUCCCAGGUUGUGGGCCUGGAUCAUCAGCUGAUCGAACGCGCACUUCAGUUGUUAGUGGUUUGGGUAAAAAACUUAAGACCAUGAUGGAUGACUUUCAAGAAUUACGGACCCAAAUAAAUGACGAGUACAAGGAGACUAUCGGAAGAAGAUACUUUACCAUCACUGGUGAGAAAGCCAACGAUGAGUUAAUCGAGAGCUUAAUAUCUAGUGGGAAUGGAGAAGAUUUGCUUCAAAAAGCAAUCCAAGAACAAGGUCGGGGACUAAUUAUGGACACGAUUUCUGAAAUUCAAGAAAGACAUGAUGCUAUUAUUCAUAUCGAGAAGAAUCUAAUUGAACUACACCAAAUCUUCUUAGACAUGGCCGUGCUAGUAGAGGCCCAAGGACAACAACUGAACGACAUUGAAAGUCAUGUGGCGCAUGCAAGUUCUUUUGUACGACUUGGGGCCGAGCAAAUAGUAGAAGCUAAAGAGUUGCAAAAGAGCUCGAGAAAACGUACUUGCAUCGCCGUGAUCCUCAUCCUUACUAUUGUAAUUUGUAUUAUGUUUUUCUUCCUUUUGUUACCAAAAUUGUUAAAUUUAGAGUAAAUUUUUUUAA